UAAAUCUUUCAAGUGUUUCCCUUUAAAAUCUGUCUAGUUAAAUUCUGUCAUCAAAACAGUCCCUUCCUUCUGCUUAAAAAAUUCCAAGACUAAUUGAGAAUCUAAACAAAAUCUCAAUCGUUUUUCAAAUUAUCCUCUGGCAUUAGUUACUUAUUCGUGGAGAUUACGGCGUAGAAAUCAUCGUUCACAUCAAUGCCCCCCCGAUAUCACAAAUCUUCAUCACACCAACUUGUCUGCUCGCUAUCUGCUUAUCUAAACCGUUUAUCAAUCCACCCAUUAGCCAAUGUUUGGAUUUUGUGAUUUUGCGUAAGUGCAACGUCCCAGAAUGACCCGACUCGCGGUAGUACUGUGCAGAGCAACUAAAUCCCGGGUAAAAUAAUAGAAAAACAAAAUCAUCUGACACACAUCCCUGACCACAACACACCCCCUCGAUUAAAUCCAAUGCAUAUAUCAAUGUUGAAGUAUUAUUGGUGAUAAAAUGGACAGAAAUAAACUUCUACAGAGAUGACGGUGAGGGCACGUGACGGUAAAACGUGCCUCAUUGUGCACGUGGAGCAACUCAACGCCAGCAACCCCCAUCAUCCUCAGCAUGCCCUCACCGAGCCGCCCCAGUCGACCCUCCUGGCUAAAUCGUUGGCUCAGUUGAUCGUCAGAGCCCGUUGUGCAUACCCAACGUCCUUUAAACGAUUGUUAUCACAACUGUUAACAGCCAUUCUAGUCUCAGUCAAUUGAAUCCUAAAAAAAUUAAUCCCACAUCAAGGUGAACCCCGGCAAUAUCAGUAAAAAUAGGGAGAAUGUUAUUCAUGAGUGAUUGGAUUUGUGAGAGAGUGAGGAGUGGCUGAGAGUGUGAAUGUUUUGAAAAAAAAAUAAUCGAUGUUUUUAAUUUUAUUGUAUUGGAAUUAAUUCAAAUCAUUUUCUUUUCCAUCUGUUCUCAUAUAAAACCCGUUGGAAUGAGAAAAAAAGCUGCGUGUGUAGACGACGAAUAUACCCGGGUGAUAUCAAAUUUUUUGGAUUUCAUUACUGAAUAUUCCAAAAAUAUGUCUGUUGGUGGUCGUGCGGUUUUGUGAAUAUACGAAACAGAAAUAUUGUCGUGAUUCAUAGAGACACCAAUGGAGAUCCUCCGGUUGGUUGAUACGUUCUCCAUGGAUUGGAGAUUGGACUAACGCUCGUCCAUGGACCCCACCCAUCAUUGAAGAAGUUAAAUCGCACAAUUAUUGACAAAAACAAAAAUUUUGAAACAGUGAAUUGAUAGAGUUGAGGAACAAUAAAUACUAAAGUAAGGGCAUGUCUGAGACAGAGGCUGGCGCCUCCUGGCAGCAGCACUAUGUGUGGGGUAUGAAUUAUCCGCAUCAUCAGUACAAUCUUCAUCAACAGUCUCAGUAUCAACUACCGUACCAUCAUCAUCACCCUCACAAUCAUCAAUCUAGCUCAUUGAAUGGCAACCAAUCGUAUUUAUCAACAUCUGGUGAACAGUCAGUGUCAAUACACUCGAGCCAGGACACAUCGUCACAUCAUCAGCAGCAUCAGCAGUCACAGUCGCACUAUCAGCGUUUGUCGAACACCAUAAGACGUCAGAGUAUACCUUACGAUGCAUCUGCAGGUGAUCCUAUGAUAACAUCCUCUCUUAAGGGAAAACAAACAAAGGAUGGACCGGAGGAAAAGAAGGACGCUGAUGGUGAGCUAUGGGGCAAUGUGGAAGCACAGGCCGCCUUUUUGGGGCCAAAUAUAUGGGAUAAAACACUGCCCUAUGAUGCCGACCUGAAGGAAUGUGCAGGGGCCGGUACCUUAAUACUUAAUUCUGCAAUUCAAUCACUCGUGCGUGGAGAGAAAUUUAUACCGGAAUUUAGCCCUGAGCAGAAGAGACUUGGGAACGAUGGGGUGAAAUUUGCGGAUUUUUUUUUCUCAUUUCAAAGCUCCGUCGGGUACGUCGAUUUGGAUGAGUUUCUCUCGGAGAAUGGCAUCCCCGUGGAUGGGGUUGGUGGUGGUGGUCAGGGCACGAUGCAGGGGAGUCAACUACACAAAAUGAGUAAUAGCAGUAAUGAGGCAACAAGUCACCAAGGACCAGCGGGACUACAUCUCGAGCCUGUCACAAAGCGCGAAAGAUCACCAUCCCCCAGUGAUUGCUGUUCACCAGAUACUCUCAAUCCACCAUCGCCCGCUGACUCGACGCUCUCGAUGGCGUCAUCAGGGCGAGACUUCGAUCCAAGAACCCGAGCAUUCUCCGAUGAGGAGCUGAAGCCCCAGCCGAUGAUUAAAAAAUCACGGAAACAGGAUGACAAAUACUGGGCACGCCGAAGGAAGAACAACAUGGCCGCCAAGAGAUCAAGAGACGCUCGUCGCAUGAAGGAGAAUCAAAUUGCACUGAGAGCGGGUUUCCUUGAGAAGGAGAAUAUGGGUCUUCGACAGGAACUCGAUCGAUUAAAAAAUGAAAAUAUGUUAUUACGCGACAAGUUGAGCAAGUACACGGAUGGUUAACCAACGGCUGAUUACUGAGGUUUACCCCAACGACAGCAGGGCUCUAUUUUUUAAUGAAAAUUAAUAAACAAAAAUCCAACCGUACUGUCUUCGGGUGAAUCCAGAAUUCACUCGUCCAACGGAGGACGUGUAAAUUACUCUCCCUUCCUCACGGCAAGUUCUUUCCUAUGGAAAAACCGGGAAUAAGACCACGGAAAUUUAUUUUUUCUUUUGAAAAAAAAAAUCUCAUUCUACGAUUUGAUACCACAAAAGCAAGAAAAAAAAACUGAACAAGUCAUUUCCUUCCUUAUCUCCACCGUCGCAGCCUCAUUUGUAUAUAGUUUAUUGUAUGUAUAGUUAGAUUAUUUGUCAAUAUUGACGUCAUAUGUUGUAGUGUACAAAAUCAUUUCACGGAGACAAAAGCUGAAAAUACAAGUGGAAAGAAAUCAUUGAAAUAACGAAGGGAUUUUUGAGAAAUAUGAGGAAGGGAGGACCUCGUGGAAUGAGUGUGAUAAUUGUGAACGAAUGAUUGAGUGCUUGAGUGCGUGUGAUUAUUCAUUAUGACCUUUUGUCUGUCAAGUGAUUGCCCGCAAUAAAUGGGAGACAAAAAUUAACUGGAGAAACAAACGAAAGAAUUCAAAAAUUCAAAACUUAAAUUUACAAUUUGACUAAGAUGCAUCGAUUAAUGCGCGCAAGAAUGAUAGAAUGUUUCACGAAAAAAAAAAUACACGGAUUCUGACGAAGUUGUCGAGAAAGAUUUUUCGAUUUACCUAAAUGUAGCUAUUUUAGAUGAUAAACCAGCAACAAUUUGUGCCCAUUUUUUGGCAGUCCCUGUGUUCUCUUUCUUGGGCUAGGAAAAGAAGAACGAGAUAAAAAAAAACGACAAGAUUAGACAAUUAUUGAACUAGCCUUUUUCUCUUCUUUUUAAGUUUUUAGAUGUUUAUUUUGUUUAUAUGUAAUACGUAACGCGUAAGGUUUAUAUUGUGUAGAGGAAUUGGUACUGAAUUGUACAUAUUGGCUUGAUUAACAAAUUGCCAACUCCUACAAAAUCAACAUUUGUGAAAAAUUAAUGCUACGAAAAGGAAAUAGUGAUUACCAGUUUCUUUAUACAUGUUUAUAAAAUCAUGAGAGUCAAAAGUAAAUAAGAGUUUAAUGAAAAUGUACAAUUAGAUGCUGUGCAGUUGUACAAGCAUACUGGAUGAGAAUUUAUCAAUUAGAAAAUUUUUAAGAGAGUUUUUGCUGAAAGAAGAAAAACAAACAUGAGCGAUUGACGAUACUAUUUUGAUUUUUGUAUUCAUUAUUAUUUUUUUUUGUUGUUUUUCUUCCUUAUUUUCUGUUAUUAUAGAGAGCCACUUAUGCGUACUGUCGAACAAAUUGAUAAAAGCCGGCCUAAAAUUCUUUUUCAUUUUUCAAAUUAUUAUUUAUCCGGAAGUCGUUUGAGCUGUGUCUGCUUUGCUCAGUUCCACUUUUAUGUUGCGAAAUCCAGAAUAGAAAAUAUUGGAAAUUUUUUUUCCACGGAUAUAGAAAAUAAAUUGAUUUGCUAUUGCAAAAAAAAUUAUGGAUUACAUGAAUUAACUAAUACUUAUGGAAUAAUCAGUCUAGAAGAGCAACACGAAGAGAAUAAAAAAACAAAUACACGUAACGAAUAGGUAACACACGUAUCCGAUCCGCAUGCAAAUCAGAUGUAACAGAGAGAUAAUAAGUGCGCUGAAAAGAAAAAAAUUUUAAGAGAGAAAGAACAUAAUGUUGAUCGACGCAAGAAAAAAACUUUAUUGUAUCACCUUCCUAAAAGAAUAUAUGUAUUUGUUAUUGUUUUA